CGGGGAGUGCCGCUGCCGCCGCUGCCCGGCUCCCUUUCAGCGCUGGCCCUUCUCGACCAGCGACGCCGUGCUCGGGGCCCUCCGGUCACGCCUGCCCCCAGCCGUGAGGCUUCUGCCCUCUUCCCCUCACCCUCCGGCGGCCUCGGGGCAGGAGAGCCCUCGCUGGCCCGGCAGCAGCGUGGAGGGCCCGAGGCGCGGCUGUGCGAGUGCGGCCCGGCCCGGGGCAGCCGUGCCGCGCUUUUGACUUUCCCCGUGUUUCCGCUCCCUCCUCCCCCGAGCUCUGGCUGCUCUUGGGCUGCUGCGGUGGCAUUUCCCCUCAGAAGGUGGCGAGGGAGUGGCGCAGCAGCCAUGGCCAGGCCGCGGAGUGCUCCGGCUAUGGCCCACGCCAUUCUCCUGGCUCGCACCAUGCCCUGUGUCACUCCUGGUGCGCUUCACUGCCAAGGGAGUGGUUUGUGAAAUAACGCGUGAAUAUUGCCUGAAGGAAAAGGGGAAAGAAACGAGGCCGGGAGGAGGAGAACCCCCCUCACCUGCUGAGCAGGGCAGCUGCAGUCUGGGGCUGACAAACCAUGAAGGAAGAAUAAGGGAAUCCUGAAGCAGCAAGAGACUUUACUCCUGGGCUUUGUCCAAAGGGACUGUUUGCACAUCAGUGCUCUCUCUUACCAGAUGCUCUGUGACUGUGCUUGGAGCUGCUGGACUGGAACACUUUAGAUCCAUCCUCCAAAGGAGCUGCCCAUUCACCAUAACUCUUGGUGUGGAGCUGGUGGCACCAGCCCUGUCUUGCUGUGUGUUCUUUCCCUCUGUGGUGGUGGACUGGUUGAAGAAGCUUGAUAAAAAGGUGUUGGGAUGAGGGGAUGCUUCAACCAAAGCUUUCCAAAAUGCUGAGCACAGAUUAUAUAACACAGCUGCCCUGCUGUCUCCACGCCAGGAAGUCUUUGCCAUCCCUGUGAGAUUGAGGCUACCAAGUUCGGGACCAUGGAAGAAAAGGAGACGUCACCGAGUCACACCUCAGAGAGCAGCAUAUUGGACCUUCCCUCUGUUUGUGACCUAGCAGAGCACUUUCUGCCUCCACACAGCUCUGAAAACAGCCAGGAGCUUUAUCCUUCUGGGGAUGUUUUUCCCUCUCCACCCACAGGAGAGAGCAAUCCAUCAUCUGUGGCUCCUGCGGGCUCUUCUGCUGAAGGCUCUGAGGGAGCAAACGUGAGCUGUUACCCAAAAGCAGGGCUGUGUGAGCCCUCUGAACCUAAUGAUGCUGUGCUCUCAUGGAUGUAUGAACGUGAUGGUGCAGAAGAUCCCAGCAUCAGGGACUCUCUGGAUGGCUUCUACAAAAUGUAUUGCAGAAAGCAGCCAGAGAGAAAGGAUCCGACCUAUGAGGCUGCCUCACAGCGUCUGUCACAGAAGAUUUCAGAGCUGGAGCAAAAGGACGGAACAAAAUAUGUGUCACGUUGCCUGCAAAUGGCACAGUUGGUCUUGAACAGAGAUGGAUGUAAGAUCUUUCCAAACCACCCCCCUUCUGCUUGCUUUUCAAAGCCAGCUGAAGGAGAAGUCUUGUUGGAAAACAGGAGAAGGACACCUGGGCUCUCAGAUGACAUCCUGCAGUUCCUCUUGAAACAAACACAGGCAGAACGUUGCCCUGAUGUGUCACACGAGAAGUGAGCAAGACACUGCUUUGUUUCUGUCAUGGAAGCUUUGCUUUCACUCCAGGAAGAGGUGACUUUCUUAGACAGACAUUGUUCUCCAAGCACCACCUUCAGCACCAGAUGCUCCGUGGAGGGGUUCACCCACACCAGACCUUGCACCUUGCUCUCUGAAGGGCAGCACUGCAUAAGGAGCAUCUGUGUAACUGCUUGGGGUGUGUUGGCUGAUUGGGAGGGGUCAUGCAGUGUUUGUUGCGGGACAUCAAACAUGAUACUUUAUACCAGGCUUUUGAAUUGGCCUGCAUCCUUACCCCAGGUUAACAGUGGUCCAGCCCAAAUCCAGCCCCUGGGUGGGCAUUGCUGUCCCAUGCUGUUGGCUAGAACAUAAUGUUUGAAUGACCUUGGCAUGGUGUGCCCCAGCCCUGCAGAGGGAAAGUUAAGAUUUUGUUCUGCGCAUUUGUUUCCAUGGGGUGCCUGUUAGUGCUGUGUUUUUACCUACAGACAUAUAACCCCACAAUUCAGGACUGCAAUGCCAUGUGAGUUUUUCUGACAGAAAACGUGUAUGUGUGCAUGAGAAAGAGAAAAUACAGCUCUGAGUGCUCUCUGACA